AUGUCAUCCACUACUGAUAACAAUAACACCAAGUAUACUACAGAAAGUGACCAGAUAACGUCGUCUAAAUCGAACGAGGAUAGCUCCAAUGCUAAUAAAAAAUUGAUCGUAGACGCCGAUUCGAUACGACGAAUCCAGUCAUUCGAGUACUUUCGACAUUUUACAGAUCAAAAAAUACGACCAAAUGGAAGGGUAUUCAAUCGCUCGGUCACUACUGCAGACGGUUUGGCGGUGGUGAGAAUCGGAAACACUUCUGCUAUCUGUGGCAUCAAGGCAGAAGUUGCAGAACCAAAUGUAAACACGCCACUGGAAGGAUACCUCGUUCCCAACGUGGAAUUACCACCAAUGUGCUCUCCCAACUUUAAGCCCGGUCCUCCAAGUGAACUUGCACAAGUACUAAGCGAGACUGUGAACAAGCUACUCAAAGGUGUGAGAGGUGGGAAGGCUAUCUCGUCAACGUCGUUCGAGUGA